UUAUAUCCUGAUCGUGUAAUACAGGUGCUCAACAUACAUUGCACACGGUCAGUUUCCCCAUCAGCAUCAUGUGGACGCACCUGUUUCUGGCUCUGCUCUUGUUCACCUAUGUAGGAGCAUUGAAAGGGAACGUGUGUUCUCGUACAGUUGCGAAGUACAGAAAGGUGCGUCGAUGUGCCUACCGGACCUGGCAAGGGUGUCGUUAUUACAGAUACUACUGGGUCCCUGAAUACACCACCAUCUACUUCUGUUGUCAGGGAUGGAGGCAUUCGGGAGAUUACAACUGUAAUGAAAGGGUUCCUGGUUCCUGGUCGGUGAACCACAGAAGAUGGAACAGUGCCAGCGCCUUCUCUGUCUUUAUUGUACUGAUACUGGCAAUAAAAAACAUCCAUGGAAGAUGUGAGAGUAUUUGACAAUCA